AUGGAGAAGACUCCACCUCCUAAUGACCUGCUGAAGAAGAUACUCGAGCUAGAGGAAAGCCAAGAGCAUCUUAAGCAAGAGAUGUCGAGGCUCAAGGUAUCCUCUGAGAUCAGGCAACGAUCGCAUUCCGUCUCGCCGCAUCGUCCUGCGAGGAAGAGCGGCGCCGCCUCAUUUCCGCAGAGCAGCCGUCUCCAUGGUCCGAUCAAUCUGAGAGGUGGAGGAGGAAGGGGAACAUCGGCGGGGAAGUUUACUGAUAAUCAGUAUUUGAAUAUUUUGCAAUCAGUGGGACAAACUAGUUUCAACGCAGUUCAAAAGCUACUAAGCAAAACCAAUGGGAAGCUUGUUGGACAUUUAAUGACACCAGCUCCAGUUGUUGUUGAGGAAAAUACCAACCUCGAAGAUGCUGAGAAAAUAUUACUGGAGACCAAGUAUCGCCGGCUCCCUGUGGUAGAUUCUGAUGGCAAAUUGAUGGCCAAGAUUAGGCAAAUCUUUAUUGCUUUUAAUGUUUGGUAA